UUGACUGACCAAUAUGAUGAAGAUGAUUGGAAGAAAUUUCUCAUAUGAGCUCAAUAAUUAAGGCUUCACGGUCUAAUAGAAAGCCAACUGAGAUAGAGAAUGGAGGAGAAGAAAGGUGAAGUUGUCCUGUUUGGAACAUGGGCCAGCACAUUCUGCCCUAGAGUUGAGCUAGCCCUCAAACUAAAAGGCAUAUCCUAUGACAAUGUGGAGGAAGAUUUGACAAACAAAAGUGAGUUGUUCCUUAGCCUCAAUCCAGUACAUAAGAAAGUACCUGUGCUUGUUCACAAUGGGAAAUCCAUUGCUGAGUCACUCAUUAUCCUUGAAUACAUAGAAGAGUGCUGGAAUACCACCCCAAAACUAUUGCCUGAGGAUCCUUACCAAAGGGCAAAAGUCCGCUUUUGGGCCAACUAUUAUGAUCAAAAGAUUGUGCCAAGCUUCUACAUCAUCUUCGGGUCCAAAGACAAGGAGAGAGAGAAAGCCAUUGAAGACUUGAGCCAAUUGCUUAAGGUGUUUGAAGAAGGUAUUGAAAAAGAUUUUCCAGGGCAGUCUCCAUUCUUCAAUGGCGAGAUCCUAGGGUAUCUUGGUAUCGUUAUUGGCUCACAUGCAUGCAACUACCAAGCUUUUGAUGAGGCCAUUGGUGUGGUACUCAUAUCAGAAAAGAAUCCAGAGUUUCUCUCAUGGGUCAAUGCUCUGAAGAACUGCCCUCUGAUGGGGGAGACACUACCACCUCACGACAAAUUGGUUGCCAGGUUGAGUGCUAGACUUAAGUCUACUUAAGUUUAAUAUUGAAGCUGAAAGAAAGGGUUACCAUACAUCAAGCUCUGAUUGAAGAUGGUUGCACCUUUCAAUUGUUUGGAAUAAAUCCUUGUCUCUUAGCCAAAUAAAAAAAAAAAUAAGUGUAAGCAGAACUAUGAUGCUACUGUUUGGUUUCUAUAAAGGGUUGCCUAUGUGUUUUGUUUCUA